AUGGAUCGAUGCUGGCGUCAUUUGUCCAUCUGCUCAAAGUUGGAGAAGUGGCUCAACGAAGAGAACAAGAAGCCAAAAAAGGAGCGCCGGCCGCUGCCGCAACCGCCUAAAGAGCUGCCCAUCCUCAACGGGCCGGCUUCGCCAAAAGAAAUCGACGCUUUCAACGAAGCCAUGUACGAGCACUGGGAGAAGGAGGUCCUGGAAAGUUGCGCGUACUGCGGGCGGCGCUUCAAGCCGGAGGCGCUCAAGAUCCACAACCGCAGCUGCACCGCCGAGAAACCCGCUAAGCCGGCCGGGACAGCGCUCACGGCCGCGUCGCUCUCGAACAACCUCUCCCCGGGUGCAAUCUCCGGGACAAAACACGUGGCGCCGGGUGCCAGGGAAGCGUCCCCCGAGGAAAGCACGUCGCCCAAAAUCGGCGGCGCGAAGGGCGGCCGGGUUGGGGCGGAGGGUUUGAGGGCUUCGGCGAAUGGGGGAAUGAAGGUGGCGGGAAAAGUUGACGGUGCUUUGAGGGCGUCGUCUGAAGGUUUGGGCACAAAGCAGAAAGCUGUGGGGGGCUCAAGCGGGCGGGAUGACAACCUCAAUAUGGCUGCCGUUGGGAGGAAUCUUCCCGCUGCUGAGCAGAAAAGCGAGUUGAUAGAGCUGGCCGGUGAAGGUACGAAGAAGAACGGGACGACGAGCAACGGAAACGCUUCGAAAUUUUGCGACGAGUGCGGUGCCGCGUUUCCAAAGGAGACCUCCAAAUUCUGCGGCGAGUGUGGAAGCAAAAGGCCUGCCCUGUAG